CCGCUCCACUUCAGUAGGUGGCGGUAGAGAGCCUCAAACGCCCAACCUCAGUAAAAGGUGAGGAAGAAGAGGAAGCAGGACUAGUUGGCUGAAGUGCGGACAGGAGGGACGCGGCCGCCUACUUCCAAGGGGAAAAAAGAUGCAGACGCCAGCUCAGUCGCUCCUCCACAGUGGCUACUUCCACCCAACGCUGCGAUGCUGGCAGACCUGCGCCGCCGAUUUGAGACCUGACAACCUCAUCUACCCAAUCUUCAUCACAGACAGUGCAGAUGCAGUGGAGCCCAUCGGCAGCCUGCCGGGACAGGCCAGAUAUGGGGUGAACAAGAUUGAGGGAAUGUUGCGCCCUCUUGUGGAGAAAGGCUUGAAGUGCGUGCUGAUUUUUGGUGUGCCUGCAAAAGUAGCAAAGGAUGACCGGGGCUCUGGUGCAGACACAGCUGACACUCCAGCUGUAGUGGCAGUGAAGAAGAUCAGAUCUGCGUUCCCGGAGCUGCUGGUGGCGUGUGACGUCUGCCUGUGUCCUUACACAGCACACGGACACUGCGGCAUCCUAAACGAGGACGGCACCCUGGACAACGCUGCCAGCUGCCUUCGCCUGGCAGAAGUGGCAGUGGCGUACGCCCAGGCGGGCUGUCACAUCAUCGCCCCGUCUGACAUGAUGGAUGGGAGAGUGGCGGCCAUAAAACAGGCACUGAUAGCCAAUGGCAUGGGCAACAAGGUUUCAGUGCUGAGCUACAGUGCCAAGUUUGCCUCCUGUUAUUACGGUCCCUUCAGAGAUGCUGCACAGUCCAAGCCUGCGUUUGGGGAUAGACGCUGCUAUCAGCUGCCGCCUGGGGCAAGGGGACUAGCCAUCCGAGCUGUGGACCGCGACGUGAGAGAAGGAGCGGACAUGCUGAUGGUGAAACCGGGGCUGCCGUACCUGGACAUCGUGAGAGAGGUCAAGGACAAGCACCCCACCCACCCGCUGGCCGUGUACAAUGUGUCAGGGGAGUUCGCCAUGAUGUGGCACGGAGCUCAGGCGGGAGCAUUCGACCUGCGGGCCGCCGUCAUGGAGGCGAUGACCGCUUUCCGCAGGGCAGGCGCCGACAUCAUCAUCACGUACUACGCUCCUCAGCUGCUCGACUGGCUCAAAGAGUAGAGCACAAGGAGCGAGCCAGACGACAAGCAGACGGAAAGACAGGUGGACCAAAGGCUCAUUUUUUUAACGUACAAUCUGUUGCGGCAACAUUAUGGGGGCUGCUGGAAAUCAAAUGUAUGAGAACAGGCGAUACGUGCACCCUAGUUCAUGGCACUUGUAUAUUUUGAGUUCGUAUGAAACCAGUUUGUGUCCGAGUUAUGAUGAUGGAGUGAUUUGCAGCAGAAAUCUAAAAAGGGGAUCUGGAUCCAAAUAAUCUUAAAGCUUUGAAGGGCUGCUAAUUAGCUCAACAGUAAGAAUGUAAAAUACUCCUGUCCGUUUAUUUUUUUGUGUCCAAUCUGUUUCAACUGCAACAUGUAAUGGAAUAAUCAGCCAUUUUCCCCCUUUAAUGUCAGAAUAAUACAAUGUGUGUGUUUACGUGGACCUUACAGAUGUGUAAUAUGUGAUCAAUGCCCCGAUUAGAGCACUGUCGUCCCUGACAAACUCUCUUGACCAGACUAAAUAAAUAUUUGGGAGGUUUGAGCUGCUUUAAAAG